GGCGGGGUUAUUUCUCUCGCCCCCCCCCCCAUAGCGGCGGCGCUAUGGAAACUGGAGGCGUUGCGUCGUAGGCUGCGCGCCUGUAAGGAGGUCUCUUAAUGUUCAAUGGUACAGCUGCACUAUUGAACUCUGAGGAGUCCCGUGGGUUUGGUGCACCGGUGCGAUUGCAGAGAUGAAGCCUGCUACUUCCAUGGAUGAUGAAGAAAAUGCUACAUUUAAAAUUUUAGUUGCUACCGACAUUCAUCUUGGGUACUUGGAGAAGGAUGCUGCACGUGGAAAUGAUACGUUUGUAACAUUUGAUGAAAUAUUGAAACUUGCUCAAGAUAAUGAGGUGGAUUUUCUUUUAUUAGGAGGAGAUCUCUUUCAUGAAAACAAACCUUCCAGAAAAACAUUACAUACUUGCUUAGAAUUAUUAAGGAAAUACUGUAUGGGCGACCGUCCUAUACAGUUUGAAAUUCUGAGUGACCAGUCAGUUAAUUUUGGUUUUAGCAAGUUUCCUUGGGUGAACUACCAAGAUGGCAACCUCAACAUUUCUAUUCCAGUUUUUAGUAUUCAUGGCAACCAUGAUGAUCCAACAGGGGCAGAUGCUCUUUGUGCUUUGGACAUCUUAAGUUGUGCAGGACUUGUGAAUCAUUUUGGACGAUCACCAUCUGUAGAGAAGAUAGACAUUAGUCCUGUUUUGCUUCAGAAGGGCAGUUCCAAAAUUGCUCUUUAUGGAUUAGGAUCUAUUCCAGAUGAGAGGCUUCACAGAAUGUUUGUGAACAAGCAAGUAACUAUGCUGAGACCAAAGGAAGAUGAAGAUAGUUGGUUUAAUCUGUUUGUAAUUCACCAGAACAGGAGCAAACAUGGUGCCACAAAUUAUAUUCCGGAGCAGUUUCUAGAUGAUUUUAUUGAUCUUGUAAUUUGGGGUCAUGAGCAUGAAUGUAAAAUAGCUCCUGCCCGAAAUGAACGACAGCUUUUCUAUGUGUCUCAGCCAGGAAGUUCAGUGGUUACAUCUUUGUCACCAGGAGAAGCUGCCAAAAAGCAUGUUGGCUUGCUGCGCAUCAAAGGCAAAAAAAUGAAUAUGCAAAAGAUUCCUCUCCAAACAGUACGGCCUUUCUACAUUGAGGACAUUGUUCUUGCUGACCAUCCUGACAUCUUUAAUCCUGACAAUCCUAAAGUUACACAAGCAAUACAAGCUUUCUGCAUGGAAAAGGUUGAAGCCAUGUUAGACAACUCAGAAAGAGACCGCCUUGACAAUCCCAGACAACCAGAUAAGCCUCUAAUAAGAUUACGAGUAGACUACAGCGGAGGCUUUGAACCAUUCAACAUUGUGCGUUUCAGCCAAAAGUUCAUGGAUAGGAUAGCUAAUCCGAAAGAUAUCAUACAUUUUUUCAGGCAUCGGGAGCAAAAAGAGAAAAAUGAUGAGAUUAACUUUGGAAAACUGGUCCAUAAGCCUGCAUCAGAGACAACAACUUUGAGGGUAGAGGAUCUUGUUAAACAAUACUUCCAGACAGCUGAGAAGAAAGUGCAGCUUUCCCUCCUGACUGAGAGAGGCAUGGGAGAGGCAGUGCAAGAGUUUGUGGAUAAGGAGGAGAAAGAUGCAAUUGAGGAGCUGGUGAAAUUCCAGCUAGAAAAGACACAGCGGUUUCUGAAGGAACGCCAUACAGAUGCAGAGGAAGCCAAAAUCGAUGAAGAGGUGCAACGCUUUAGAGAGUCGAGAAGAAAAAACACCAUGGAGGAGGACGAGGAGGUUCGAGAGGCUUUAAACAGGGCGAAAGCUCAUAGAUCUCAGGGUUCCGUCAGUAGUGAUGAUGACCUCAUGGAUGUGGCUACCUCUGGUCAAAGGGCUAAUGAUGAUUCGGAUGAUGAUGAUGAUAUGCCACCCAGCCGGGGAAGAGGAAGAGGGAGAGGUCGGGCAAGAGGCGGUAAAGGGCAGAAUGUAACAGCAAGAGGAGCAUCUCGACGAGGAAGAGGAGGAGGCACUGGCCAGGACCAGAUGAUUAGCAGUAGAACAUAUAAACCUGCACCCGUUCCUACAAAGAAUAUGUCCAUCAUGGAUGCUUUUAAGUCAUCAAGACAGCAACCUUCCCGGAAUAUGCAGGUCAAGAGUUAUUCGGAGGUAAUUGAAGAUGAUGACUCUGAUUUGGAAGAAGUGCCUUUUACUCCUUCCUCCACUGCAAAUCAAAGAUCGUUCGGAGCAUCAGCAUCUAGCAAAAGGAGCUCACAGAGCCAGGCAUCAAAAGGAGUAGACUUUGAAUCCGAUGAGGAUGAUUCUGAGUUAUUCAAGAGCAUUUCAAGAAGAAGCAAACGAUAAUUUCAGAGCCCGCUGUACGGAAAGAUAAUGCAGGGGGAAGAAAUAAACCCUCUGGAAAUUCUGUAAAGGAAUCUUAUGAUCUAUGCAGCUUUUCUCCAAUAAUUUCACUGUUAAUUACAUGUUGCCUUGAAAUGUUUUGCUUCCUUGAUGGAAGAUUGUUACCUGUUCUCUAUAUGUAGUAUCACUUAAUGCAAAUGGCAUUUCUAAGAACUGAACCAUAUUCCUCCCCGCCUUUGUUUAAGAUAGAAUAACUACUCAAAAAAGAUGAUGAGGCAGUGGGCCCAUUGCCCAGGCCAUUGCUGAGGAAGAGCCAGUGUUUUUUUUUAAAAAAUCCAUUACGUUUUUAUAUUACAAGGAAUAAAUGAGACCUGUUCUGUGAGUGAACAGAUAGCGUUCUUGCUUUCUAUGUUUGUUAAACCUUACACAGUACUUCAGUCACAGAGGGAAUGCUGACAGUGUUAAGUAUUAAAUCCAUCUUGGUAUAUAUCCAUCUUGGAUAUAAAAUGUGACUUUCAUUCUGAAACUGUUUAUAAGCUUAAAAGUACAGUUCAGCAUGAAGAAUCUCAGAAAGCUUAAAUAGCUUUAGGGUAAUGCCUUAUUCUGAAUGCUUUGCAACACUUUCUUAGGAAUUCCACCUGGUGGCUACUUUGAGCUGGUGCUGGUUGGAUGCCUGUAAUUGUAAGAAAAAUUGGCAGGGAUUUAAUUGAUAUGGAUAGAAAGUAGUAAAUUGAGAUGGUACAUGGAUAAAAGGCCAUAGUCCCAUCUGGCGUUUCUUAUUUUUCAGUUUUUCCUCUGUUUUGUAUCUGCUCAAAUUAUGGCCAUUGUUUCAUUGACUUCGGAAACAUCUGUACCUGAAGAUAAUUUCCAACAUAAAGAGCUGUCUUGGAUUUGCUAAAUGUUUGAGUGGAGCGGUAUAUUUUUACAUGGAAAGCCCAUUGGCAACGAUGAUGAUAUUUUUAUAUAGACAAUUUAACUGUCUUAGAAAAACACAUAGGAGAACAAAUAAUGUUAUAUAUGUGAUAUGGAACCAUUAAAUACUGGGGUUUUCUUAAAAUUCUAUAUUACUCCUUCUCAUAUUAUCAAGAUUUUGGAUGGGUUCAUAAUGCCUGCUUAGAAUACUUCUGAAUUUUGGUUUGGUCUUAUCAAACAUAGAAGCAGAAUAGAGGAUCUUGAUUAUACUGCAAUAAGGAGAAAGGUUACAGUGAAUAGUGUCUGCAUAGGCUGCAUUGCAGUACUUAUUUUCUUUGACUUCUCUGCAUAGCUGCCAAGUUCUGGAUUAAAAAAUCCGGGACCAGCAACGGCACGGCACCGGAAGUCACUUCUACGCACUUCUGGACAUGCGUAGAAGCGACUUCCGAUGCCGGCGGCACCCGAUUUCCGGUGCCCAUACAUGGGCAGAGUGGCACCAAAAACAUGGCCGCCGGCAGGAGCUGCUUUCCGGGGGAUUUAUGGGAUAUAAAUCCAUUCGGGAGACCAGUGGGAAACGGUAAGAAAAAAGGGGGGUUUCCUGGGAAAAACGGGGUACUUGGCAGCUAUGCUUCUCUGUGGAGUGCCUUCAUGAUCUGAAGCCCCAGAACCUCCCCAUGCUUCAUUCACAAUCUGUUUUGUCUCCUUAUUGGUCAAUCCUACCAGCUAGAAUAGAGAUGUGUUUCAGGAACUAUUAUUCUGUAUACAACCAUUUUGUAAAUAAAUAAAAAAGCAAGGUGGGUUUAACUUUAAUUGCCUAUUACCCAUUUUUUUAUCAUUGUGAUUACCCUGCCUGACAUAAAAUAAAUGGAAUAUGUACAGUUAAUACUGAAGUGUCAGAAGAAAAAAGUGGCAGAUACAAACCCACCGUUGGGGGUGGAGAUUGGAAGCCUUGUGAACCAUGAACCGAGCACUCCCCAACCGAGCAGAAGACCAAGAAACAAUAUUUACAACACAUCCCCAGGAGGCCAUAUUUAUCAGGAUCAAGUACAUUAAAAGAAUACAACCUACCGAUGUAUUUUGAACCUCAUGAGAAGAGGGGGAUUCUGAAGCCCACUUCCUCCAAGACUGAUUCCAGGUUGUUACUGAAGUGAAGGGCGCAAGGCAGGAGUUGUUAAAGCAGGUGAGCAAGCUCAUUGCUAGCUUGGCAGAGGCUCCUUUUAUUAGCACAAUAUGCAAAACCAGUCAGAUACAUUUUGGACUGUGCCCUUUACACAUCCUCCAAUCUUGAGGUCAUGGGGUGGUACAAAGUUAUUUUGACACCUGUUUCCACAGCAUCACUUUCCCCUUGAACAAUGUUUAACCAAAAGGAGACAAAGGUCACAGACAGAGCAGGGCAGGCUACUAAGAAAGCAAAAGGUUAGAUCGGGGGCAUGGCGUUCAGACAGCCGCAGCUUGCCUGUGGGCGGAGGUGUGCCUCACGCCCGCUGGUCAUUCCUACAGUUACCUGUGACAACCAAGAACAGCAAAGGGAGGUCAAAGGGAAGUGACGCUACUAACAGCAAUAGCACUCA